ACAUAUUGCUGGUCAUACAAAAACGGAAUAGAUGGCUGGUAAAUCGUAGAGUCAUGUCUCAGAUCUAUCUGUUUUCCUUUGUCACAUAGCCAAUUUACUGUUUUGCGGAUAAAUACACAAGAACAAAAUCACCGAUGGGUUCAAUAGAACUCGGGAGGUUGCAUAUCUAUGUGGCACCUGAAAAUUGGGAAGAAUGGAGCCCUCAAUGGAAACGCUUGAUAUAUCGUAACCAAUACCAGUCAAUUUUUAAGCACUCCAUGGAAAGUAAACCGUUUCAAUGCCUUAUGAACUUAUCCGGGGCUAUGCAGUGUGUUCCUCUUUCUCACAUGGGAGUCAAUGACCAUAGACUUAGCAACAAAGCUUCCUUUGCCAUUACUACUCUCACUUCCUCCUCUUUUUUGAAUGUUAGUCUUCAAUUUCGUGGUCAUACUAUCCCCCAUGUAGUAGGUGAAGCCGAGAUUUCUCUGGAUGGUGCUUUGACUGAAGGACACCAAGAAAUGAUCUUGCCACUUACAAUGCGUUCAGAGCAAGUAGAAGCUUACGUUCGGAUCAAAUUAGUUUACAUAAAGAAUCCUCGGAAAAAAGAAAGGAGAAAACGCGUCCCAUCUUCUUUUCAACGUUACUCUAAUCGGAAUAAUUUCGGUCAUCCUGCUCGUGCAUAUUCAGCAACUAGUCUUAAGACGCUUCCUAUGCCACAGAAGCAGGUCAAUCUUCUAUCAUAUGAUGAAGAACACGAAUUACAAAACCAAGGAUAUCGUCCACUUCAUUUCGUUUUUAUGACAACACCGUUCUCGCCGUCUUCCUUUGAUGUUCCCCAGUCUCUAAAAGCAUAAUCCCUGUUGUGUGUUUAUAUUAUCACGUUUACGAAAAUUUUGUUCAUUUCCGUUAUAUUUCUUCUUUUUUUUAAUUUUUAUUUCUUUUAAAAAAGGGCAAUUGCAUUGCAUCACGAGGAAAAGAUUAUUUAAUUCACCAUUCUGCUACCUGAGAUGAUUUUUCAUUAAGCAAUGUACUGGCUCCCCAGUAUGCAGUUUCCAUAGGUUGGUUGUCAAUCCAUAAAAGUGAUUUUGAGACCAAGUCAUUCUGUAUCUCUAGUUAGCGAAGUAAAAGUAAGACUUUGUUGACAUACCAGUACGUGGAUGCACCGACCCCGAUCCCAACCAUAGUUAUCCUUUAGCAUAGUUACAGUGACAUAACCAAGUACCUCAACCGCUUCCAAUACAACAUUCUGGUCUUUACUGAGUUCUAAUGGUAGUGAUCUGAUAUAACGUUUGCCAGCAAUAACUUCAAUAUCACAUCCUGGACCAAGGGGUUUCAAAGCUGUUACAGCACGUACAAUAUCAUCUUCCGUUAGUAAAUCAUACCCUGAAGCUUCAUUUUCAUCGUUCAAAUAUUGGCAAACGCGACUACCGGAAACCAGUCCUCCAUUUUCCAACUGAGUUGCAUGACAAACUUCGAUGAUACGAACAGCAACCUGUAAAUAAAAUUCAUUUAUGCCCACAGCCGACCACGCGGAUUCUUUCGAACCGCUGACUAGCGGAUCUAGGCCAAUUUUCAGGGACAACUUUGUAAAUGUUUUCCGAAAUUCAGCAUUGUUACGAAUUUCAGCUGCAUGUUCUUUAGCGAAAUUUUUCAAAGCUUCCUGGAAUGUUGAUAGUUGAGAAGCAAUUUCUUCAGCUUGCUGUUCAAUCAAUUCAUUGCCUACUUUCUCAUAUUGUUUGAUAGGAUCCUUGUUUAGCGCGCCAAUGCCUACUCUUUUGUGCAUGAAGAAACGAAAACUUCAAAAAUCCCAAUUAUCAACGGAAUUUAACACAAAGCGAUUCACUUUUCAUCCAAGCGCGUAUGUAAAGCUUUAAUUAUGUUCAAGUUCCACACGUAAACAAUACGCAUCGUUUUACGGACUCGUUACAUUAUGCAAUACAAAGUAACGCAUUAAGGUUCACCCUCACUAAGCGUAAUUCCCUGCAAGAGUAAACGAUGUU